UCUCUCUCUCUCUCUCUCUCUCAGUAACUGUCUUUUAAUUAGGGUUUCUCUGUUUUCAGAUCUUCGCGGCUUCGAGGUUGGACAUACCCAAUGCUUGGCAAAUGCCGCAGGGUGGUAUUGAUGAAGGUGAGGAUCCAAGAAAUGCAGCUAUCAGAGAAUUAAGGGAAGAGACAGGAGUUAGUUCCGCAGAAGUGAUUUCUGAGGCACCUCAUUGGUUGACAUAUGACUUCCCACCACAAGUCAGGGAGAAAUUGAAUAUUCAGUGGGGAUCUGAUUGGAAGGGUCAAGCACAAAAAUGGUUUCUUUUUAAGUUCACUGGUCAAGAUCAAGAAAUCAAUCUUUUGGGUGAUGGUACUGAGAAAGCUGAGUUCGGUGAAUGGUCAUGGCUGCCACCAGAGAAAGUAAUUGAGCUUGCAGUGGAUUUCAAGAAGCCUGUGUACAAGGAAGUCCUAGCAGCUUUUGCUCCACAUCUCCAAUAAGUUUUGCUGAAAUUGUUAUGGCAAUGACAGUUGCCUUUGAGAAUUGUGUGGGCUGCGUAGAAAAUAAUGUAUACAAACUGUGUCUCUUGGCCAUAACCUGUAUUGUGUUUUCAUUUGGGAGGGCCAUGAAUUGUAUUUAUAGGCAUCUGUCCAAUUUUGUUUCAUGAAUGAAAUAUCUGAUACCUCAUUUGUAUGUCUUUGAUACCUAUCUAGAGUAUGUACAAAAAUAACCCGAUACAAAUAAAUUUUACUGGAAAAUUCACACUUA